AUUAUUUCUAACAAUUAUACUACUCACGUACUACAUAUUGAACAAAAUAAAAAUAAACAAGAUUUUUAAUAAGCAUGAUUUAUAAGUCUAAUUAUAUAGCACACAUUUUUUUAAGUAGAUUUUUGAAGCGUAUAUAUGCCCACAAUUUUAUAGUGCAAUUAAACACUACCAAUUUUACUCAGCUGAGAGAGAGUAGUGACUGAAGAAUAUGCUUUUCCUCCACAACUCCUCCGCCGCCCGCCGCCGGUAAACGUCUGAGCUUGACGGCAAAACCCUAGACUCUUUUCCGCUGGGAAGAAAACCCACGGGCCUCGCAUUUGCCCACGUCAUGCGUUAGCUGAAUUCUCGAUUUAUUUUAGCUAUUACUGUUACUACUAUUUUCGAGCAGUAAUGCGAUCGUCUCUUCUUCUCUCUCGCCUCCGCCAUGAACGAAGCCGUCAGUUCCUGUUCCGCUGCACCAUUGCUCAGUUUCAUGCCCCUCUCUCGUCGCGCGAGCCGGAAAAGGAACAUACUAAUUUGCAAGAAAACAAAAUUGUUAAUUCUGAUAAUGAUUUUUCUUGCCCUCAUGGGCGCGCUCAACGGCGGCGUUCAGCCGCAAUCUCAAAUUUCUUAGCGGCGAAUUCUAUGCCGAGAGUUGUUCCUCCGUCUAACUCGAUUUUGCCCUUCACACGAAGUUUUUUCACGAGGGCUAAAAAGAUUGAGAAGAUUGCAUCUAUAGAUCAUGGCCAGCGAGCAGUCACAACUGCACUCUGGUGCAACUUUCUUGUUUUCUCUCUCAAAUUUGGGGUCUGGUUAUCCACCUCGAGUCAUGUGAUGUUGGCGGAAGUUAUUCAUUCAGUUGCAGAUUUUGCAAAUCAGGCUCUUCUUGCUUAUGGCUUAAGUAGCUCACGCCGGGCACCAGAUGCUCUCCACCCGUAUGGUUAUUCCAAGGAAAGAUUUGUGUGGUCUUUAAUUUCUGCUGUUGGUAUAUUUUGUCUUGGUUCUGGUGCUACGAUUGUUCACGGAGUUCAAAAUUUAUGGACUGCUCAGCCCCCUGAGCACAUUGAGUACGCUGCUCUCGUGAUUGCUGGUUCUUUCCUUAUUGAAGGUGCUUCCCUCAUUGUUGCCAUCCAUGCUGUUAGGAAAGGUGCCGCCGCAGAAGGAAUGAAAGUGAGGGACUAUGUCUGGCGUGGUCACGAUCCAACAGCUGUUGCUGUCAUGACAGAGGAUGGUGCUGCUGUUACUGGCCUUCUCAUUGCCGGUGCAUCGUUGGUGGCUGUGAACACCACAGGGAAUGCAAUUUAUGAUCCUAUUGGUUCAAUCAUCGUAGGAAACCUUUUGGGAAUGGUUGCAAUAUUUCUGAUUCAGAGGAAUCGUCAUGCUUUGAUUGGCAGAGCGAUUGAUGAUAAUGAUAUGAAAAGAGUGCUCCAUUUUCUUAAAAAUGACCCGGUUGUGGAUUCAGUGUACGAUUGCAAAAGCGAGGUGAUUGGACCAGGGUUUUUUAGAUUCAAGGCUGAAAUAGACUUCAAUGGCGUGGUAUUGGUGCAAAACUAUCUGAGCAGAACUGGCCGCGAAGAGUGGGCUAAACAGUUCCGGGAGGCUGCCAAGGAAAACGAUGACUCUACAAUGUUCAAGAUCAUGUCAAACUACGGUGAGGAAGUGGUGACAGCUCUUGGAAGUGAAGUCGAUCGCCUAGAAAAAGAGAUUCAAGAAAUUGUUCCUGGUAUUAGGCAUGUUGAUAUUGAGGCACACAAUCCUAUUGUUCCUCCUUCACCUCCACCACCAUAGUUGCUCACAUUCUUGCUUUCUUUUACAAAUUGUAACCAUAUAUGGAAUCUCUUCACCAAAUCAUAUACUAUUAUAUGUUGGCUUUUUGGGCUAUAUGAGAGAGGGGGAUGUGAAUAGUACUGGGAUCUUUCUUGUUAAUAUAAGUCUUGAGGGCAAAUGUUCAGUUUCUGAAAACCAGUUUAAUUUGAAUUUUAGUUUCUUACUAUA